CAAAAGGAUACUUUAAAAAAGUCUUCGUUUUCCGUACUUUAGUUAACCUAAUUUCUCUUUUUAUUCUUAAAUUUUAUUUUCUGUUCUCAGCAUACUUUAAAACUACUCUUAAGCCUUUCUCUUUUGAUUUUUACUUGAUUUUUCAGUUGAGAUCAGUAAGGAAUCAAAGUAACAUCGUCACUUUUCGAAGGCAGCUUAUUCCCAAGUUACGCUCAUAAACACUUAAGAAGUUUACCUUUACUCACCCAAACUUCGAAAGGUCAAUGAAGUGAAAUUGACCGUUCACAAGGGGACUAAAAGGAAAAAUUUACAUUAUUAAACUUGCAAUUUCAAAGACUAACUGAAGUGACUGUUUUGCGGGCUAACAACCUUUGGUCAUAUGUACUCUUCCCUGAAAUUGUUGUGAAAACGAAGAAGGAAAGCUGAAAGUUGAUUGGUUUUUGAUAUAUUUACUAUUAUUUAAUUUGCAAUUACUUUGUAUUGAUAAGUAGAUACUUCAUACUGAGGUUGCUUGGCAUUUGUGGAAUUCUGGAGGAACGGACAUCCUUAAGAAUUGAUUGGUGAUUAUUUGUUAUAUCUUUUGUCUUUUAAUUCCUUAACCAACUGAUAGUUUUAUGUCCUCUCAUUCUGCCAACUCGAAGGACAUGAUAGAAAUGAAGUCAUUAGAAUCUUUAACUGUUACAAGACCUUAUAACUUUGCAAGCAAUGAUCGUUCCACAUAUCUGCCUUCUGAUGAAGAAGGAUCCUUUGAGCACUCAACGGAAAAAAAAACCAAACUUUCGAAGUAUUGGAAAAAAUGUAGCUAUGAAAUUCGAGAAUAUUGCAAGUUUAUAGGACCCGGAUUUUUAAUUGCAGUCGCUUAUAUAGAUCCAGGUAACUACUCUACUGAUUUGGACGCUGGUGCCCGUUUCCAGUAUAAACUUCUUUUCAUCGUUUUCCUAUCGAAUCUCUUUGCUGUUUACUUACAGGCAUUAUGCUGCCGUUUGGGCUCUGUCACUGGCUUUGACUUGGCAAGGAAUUGUCGAGAACAUUAUCAUAAAUACGUCUGUAUAGUCUUUUAUAUUUUGGCCGAAGCUGCAAUUGUUGCUACAGACAUUGCAGAAGUCAUUGGUACCGCAGUCGCUUUAAAGAUUUUAAUGAAAAUUCCGCUUGUCGCUGGUGUUGUCAUUACUAUCUUGGACGUAUUACUUGUGUUACUUGCUUGGCGUCCUGAAGGAUCUAUGCUCGGCGUCCGUAUAUUCGAAGCUGCUGUUGCUAUGCUAGUGCUUGUUGUAGCUAUUUCGUUUGCUGUCGUUCUUGGCCGUGUUCAUAUUGGUGGAGCAGGUCAAGUCUUCAAAGGCUUUCUUCCAAAUUCCACCGUUUUUUCACGUGAAGGCUUAUACAGUAGUAUUGGAAUCCUUGGAGCCACUGUCAUGCCUCAUUCUUUGUUUCUAGGAUCUGGUCUUGUUCAGACCCGUUUAAAGGAUUUUGAUGUUCGAACUGGAAAUUAUGUUCCUACAGAUGACUGUUCGGACUAUAAGCCUUCUAUCCAAACAAUUAGGCACUCUUUGACAUACUCAGUUGUUGAAGUAACUCUUUCUCUCUUUACAUUUGCCCUCUUUACUAAUUCUAGUAUCCUAAUUGUUGCAGGAGCUGUAUUUUAUAACACUAGCAACGCUGAUACCUCGGACCUAUUUUCUAUCUAUGACUUACUUACCAAAUAUGUCUCUCUCUCUUGUGGUAAAUUAUUUGCUGUAGCGCUUUUGUUUUCUGGCAUGAGUGCCGGCUAUGUUUGUACUAUAGCUGGCCAGAUGGUUAGUGAGGGUUACAUCAAUUGGAAUUUACGUCCUUGGAUUCGAAGAACUCUUACCAGAUCUAUAGCGAUCAUCCCUUGCUUAGUUGUCGCGGCUGCCGUAGGUCAAAGCGGACUAAACCAAGUCUUGAACGCAAGUCAAGUUUGCCUUUCCAUUUUGCUGCCUAUCUUAACUUUUCCUCUUGUAAUGUUUACGUGUUCUCGUAAAGUAAUGUCUACUUACUCGGAGACGGUUGAUGAAGAAACUGGUCAAGUAAUUAGAAAUGUCCAUGAUCUAAGCUUAGGUUGGCCCAUGACUAUACUUACUUGGUUAAUAUGGUUAUUUCUCACUGCGUUAAAUUUACUUCUUAUUAUUUGGUUAGGAAUGGGAGUUUCCUAUUGAGCUAAUCACUAUUUAUUCUUAAGCAUUGUCUAAAUUAAGGCGAACUAUUAUGUAUGUUAACUUUUGUACUAACAGCUUUUUUUUUCUUUUCUAGCAUUUAAAGAAUAACAAAUCUUAUUAUACAUAUACACAGACCUUCUCAAAUCCAAUUUAGAUAACAUUAAAACCGUUCGUAAC